UCCUCCACGCGCACGUCGCGGCGACCACCGCGCACCGACGAGAUGGACCGGCCACCGUACGACGACAUCUUCGACCCCGACCGGGACGACGCGGAGACGCCACCGGCGAGGAGGCACGGGCUGGGGCGGGGGUGCCUGCAGCGCCUGCAGCUGCUGCCCGACCACGAGAUGGAGCUCCGCUUCCUCUACCUCUCCCUCCCCGAGCCACCCAUCUCCGCCGCGGGCUCGCUCCACAGAAACUCGGCUGUCGCCGGGGAAGAAGACCGGAUCAGCAUGCUCCACGACGUGCUCCUCCUCCUCAUCAUCUCCCGCCUCCCCGCCAGGGAAAGGGUGCGCACCGGCGCGCUCUCCAGGCGCUGGCGCGGGCUAUGGCUCUCGAGAGACUUCUCUGGUUCAUGCUUGCAGCGAUCAGGAUUGGUCAUGCUCCUCAGCUCCGCGUGUUGGGCUACCUGCGUCCAGGACUGCAGACCCUGGACAUCGGCGGCACUGUCAUCGAGGCUGGAACAAAUCCAAGCCCAGCAACAACUGUCCCAAGCGUCCAGGUGCUGGCCUUGGCCUUGACGUUCCAAUUCAGCUUUCAUCUGAAUAUCAUGUCCAGCUUCCUCAGAUGCUUUCCCAACGUUAAGACUCUGCACGUCCAGUGUAAGGAAUCUGAUUUAGUCAUCAGAAACGACGUCAAUCCAAAUUUCUGGAAUGAGACUGGUCCCAUUAGGUGCAUUUUGUCUAGCCUCAGGACGAUUAUUGUCCAUGGGUUCGGAGGCCAUGACGCAGAGUUUGCGUUCCUCAUGUUCGUCGCUGAGAAUGCUCAGAUGCUGGAGGACAUGGUUAUAUUGAUUAAAGAGGACCUCAGGGAGGAAUUGGCUGCCAAAAUCACAGCUCUGUGUUCUACAGGAUGGGCUAGUGGAGAAAGCAAAGCUCGGUUUGUGACUAGUCGAUUAGCCGGACAUGGUAUCGCUUGGAGCGUCAAAGCAGCAACUGAUUUUUCACAUGACGACCCGUUCCUCUGCCUCUGAUGCGACUGCAUACUUCAACAGAAGGAUUUUUCACUGCAGCUUGUUGGUGGUUUACUGAGGCAUGUACAUGCAAUUGGUUUUAGCUUGUUGAAAAUAGUUUACUUCUAGCAUUAGUAGUCAUCAGACUGAUAUCUGAUUCAUGUGACUGCCUUAGUUAGAGGUGGAGGGAUUGUUUCGGUGUUAUGUUUUGUUCAUUUGCUCUGCUAUUUCUGCCAGAUAAAGGGAGUAUCAUUUCCAGUCCCUCCAGGAAGUAUCAUUUUGCUCACUUCAUGACCAAUUUCCUUUGUUCCAUCUGGCAGACAUUCUGCGCUGAGCAUCCUGGAUAUUGAUUAUUUGUGCAGCCAUAGCAAAUCAAUUGUCAUCAGGACUGAAUUUUUCCUUUUGGUUUUUUGUGUUGUUGAUCACUUGGGUUCCCUGUUUC